UUAGAACAGGAGAAUCACGUUACAGUGAGGCUUCAACCAAAUUUGCGUGCUUACAACACAAGGAAAAUCCCCAAAAUCAAACUGCUCACGGUUUGGACCUUUAAGCAAUGGGAUAAUUCACCUAUCCAAUCCGAAAUACUCUGGGCUGUAUGCGGUCUAGGUAAAGAUGUCAUAACUAGUAAAAUGAAGCAACCAUUUCACGAUGCCAUCCUACCUGGCUCCAAUCAGAGUAAAGAAUUUAUUCUACCCUCCAACAAGGUUGACGAGAUCCAGAUCGUCUGCGCCUUAUACAUGAAUGAUCAAGCCUACCCUGUCGUCACUGAACACAAUGUGCUACUAUUUUACAUCUACCUGGAUCGUCUGAACUGUACGCAACAUAUGGUUGUUCAUUUUGAAGAACUGACUUCUGUACUGCCUAGUCAGGUUUCGAGAUUCUCCCUGGUUGAGGCUCUGAGGAAGCUAAAAAGGCUUGAUCCCAGCUACGGCCACGACACUGUCUGCCAUACUGGCGCAGUGUUGACCAGAGAGGUCAAUCUGAAGCUGAAACAAAUUGAGAAAAGAACUGGUCCUCUUGUUCAGCAACUAAACUCAUAUCUCAGUUGCACAUCCUAUUCUUUAGGAAAUAUGAGUAACCAGCCCCAUGAAUUGAUCAUGACUCCUCCAAUUGUCUUUGGUCUCCAUGUCCUCAUAUGCAGUAACAAUCAACAAGAUACAAGCUAUUUUUCGAUCUUUAUCACAGGUUAG